AUGACACGAGAACAAUAUAUCCUAGCAACACAACAAAACAACCUACCCAGAACCGAAAAUGCACAACUUUAUCCAGUGGGAAUUUAUGGAUGGCGAAAGAGGUGCUUAUACUUCUUUGUCCUUCUGCUGUUGGUUACCAUGAUAGUUAACUUAGCCAUGACAAUAUGGAUUUUGAAAGUUAUGAAUUUCACUGUGGAUGGUAUGGGAAAUCUGAGAGUCACCAAGAAGGGAAUCCGACUUGAAGGUAUAUCUGAGUUUCUCCUUCCAUUGUAUGUGAAAGAAAUUCAUUCCCGAAAGGACAGUCCGCUGGUCUUACAGUCUGACAGGAAUGUGACAGUGAAUGCAAGAAAUCACAUGGGGCAACUAACUGGACAGCUGACAGUAGGAGCAGAUGCUGUAGAGGCUCAGUGUAAAAGGUUUGAAGUGAGAGCAAGCGAAGAUGGCAGGGUGCUGUUUUCUGCGGAUGAAGAAGAGAUUACCAUUGGAGCUGAGAAACUGAAGGUUACAGGCACCGAAGGAGCAGUAUUUGGACAUUCAGUGGAGACACCUCACAUCAGGGCAGAACCAUCUCGAGACCUCAGACUUGAAUCACCAACUAGAUCCUUGAUAAUGGAAGCUCCUCGCGGGGUCCAGGUGAGCGCUGCUGCAGGUGACUUCAAGGCUACCUGCAGAAAAGAGCUCCAUUUGCAGUCUACAGAAGGAGAGAUAUUUCUAAAUGCAGAUACAAUCCGGCUGGGAAAUCUACCCAUUGGCUCCUUUACAUCUUCGCCCAGCUUCUCAAAUUCUCGACAGACAGUGUACGAACUAUGUGUCUGCCCCAAUGGCAAACUGUACCUUUCUCCAGCCGGGGUUGGUUCUACUUGUCAGUCCAGCAGUAACAUCUGCUUGUGGAGCUGA